AUGGGAAGCGCAUCUAAAAAUAAGUUUGCUGGCGCUCGGCGGGCCGGUGUCGCUCUCCACGCCCGUCCCCGUCAGGGCAGCCGGCCCGGUCCUCGGUCCCCGGGGCCGCCUCGGGCGGGGAGGGGGCCGGGGCUGCAGGUGGGGAGGAGGCUUUGUCUGCCAUCGGGCGCUAAGCGACAGCGGCGUCAAGGCGGGCAGCCGCCGGCUGGCGACCGGGCUCCGAGGAGCCGGCGGAGAGGCGCGGGCGGCGGAGGGGCAGGGGGAGACCCGCCACACCGGCAUCCCCGAAACUUUCCUCCGGGUCGCCGCGAGGGAAGAGACGCCGCCGCCGCCGCGAGCCCCCGGAGCGGAGCCGGGGACCGCCCGGUGUCCCCGCCUCUCUCCCCGUCCGCCGGGCGCGGCCGAGCGCCGCCUCCCCGCUCCGGCCGCCCGCCAUCCGCCGGGACGCGCCCGCUGCGCUCCGCCGCCCGCCGCCCUCCCCGCGCCGCCGCCCGCUCACUCACCCGCGCCCGGCGAGCGCAGCCACCAGCACCUCCUGCCCUCGCUCCCUCCCUCCUGUCAAGCCGAGCCCGGCCUCCCUCCGCCCGACCUCCUCCCGCCCGGCCCCUCCUUCGCCACCGGGAGCCGCCGCCACCGCCGCCGCCGCCGCCUGGGCCCUCCCCCAGCGGAGCGGGCACCGCCCCGCUCUCACCUGGUCCUGCCGCCGCCGCCGCGGGGGGAGCGGGGCGAGAUGGGGACAGCCGAGGCGGCUCCGGGCAGUCCCAGCCAGCGGCGAGAUCGCGCCGCCCCGCCCGGAGCUCCCUGGGCUCCUCCCCGCCGGGACGCCCCGGGAGGCGAGGGGGGCGGUGGGGCGGGCCGGGCCGGGAGCGGGCGCGGGCGGGCAUGGCGGGCGCGGCCGCCUUCUGCCCCUCGGGAGACACGGAGCGACCUGGGCGUCGCGGCAGGAAAGCUAGGCAGCUUUCCCGGGAGAGCCGGCCGGGAUCACGGCGCUCUCUCGGGAGGAGGUGGUAG